AUGGGUGACACAAGCAAAUCUGCAGAGAGCACUGGUGCUGCAAAAGCUGUAACCUAUGACAUCAAUCACCCAUAUUUUCUCAACAACUCUGAUUCUCCUGGGAUGACUUUAGUCAAUACCCUGUUUGAUGGAAGAGGAUAUCCAGGAUGGAGGAGAUCUAUUUUAUUGUCUUUGCCAGCUAAGAAAAAACUUGGGUUUAUCAAUGGAGCUUGCAAAUCUCCAGAUGUGGGUUCCCCAGAUCUUGAACAAUGGAGUUGUGUCAAUGACAUGGUGAUUUCCUGGAUUUUAAAUGCUCUUUCUAAUGAUAUCACAGACAGUGUGAUAUAUUCCAAAACUGCAAAGGAGCUUUGGGAUAGCCUGGAGCAGAGGUUUGGAAAAUCAAAUGGAGCCAAGCUAUAUCAUCUGCAAAAGGAGCUGUCAGGAUUAGUACAAGGAAAUAGUGACAUUGUAGGAUACUUCACCAAACUCAAACGAUUAUGGGAUGAAUUGGAUGCUUUAAAUAUGGUCAUAUGCUGUUUCUAUAUAUGUACUUGUGAAGGAAAAGCAAAAUUGACAAAAUCACUUGAAGAUUAG